ACCGCGCCGCGCCCUGUCAGGGGCCGCCAUUGUCCACCGGUAGGCCCCAGGUGUGGGUCCCUGGCACCAUGAGCAAACGCAAGGCGCCGCAGGAGACGCUCAACGGCGGCAUCACCGACAUGCUCGUGGAACUCGCAAACUUUGAGAAGAACGUGAGCCAGGCAAUCCACAAGUACAACGCGUACAGAAAAGCAGCAUCUGUUAUAGCAAAGUACCCACACAAAAUCAAGAGUGGAGCAGAAGCUAAGAAGUUGCCGGGAGUAGGAACAAAAAUUGCUGAAAAGAUUGACGAAUAUUUGGCAACUGGAAAAUUGCGUAAACUUGAAAAGAUUCGUCAGGAUGAUACAAGUUCGUCCAUCAAUUUCCUGACUCGAGUUACUGGCAUUGGUCCAUCUGCUGCAAGGAAGUUUGUAGAUGAAGGAAUUAAAACAUUAGAAGAUCUCAGGAAAAAUGAAGAUAAAUUGAACCAUCAUCAACGAAUUGGGCUGAAAUAUUUUGAGGACUUUGAACAGAGAAUUCCCCGCGAAGAGAUGCUGCAGAUGCAAGAUAUUGUACUUAACGAAGUUAAGAAGGUGGAUUCGGAAUACAUUGCUACAGUCUGCGGCAGUUUCAGACGAGGUGCAGAGUCCAGCGGAGACAUGGAUGUUCUUCUGACCCACCCAAACUUCACGUCAGAAUCAAACAAACAGCCCAAGUUGUUACAUCGCGUUGUGGAGCAGUUACAGAAAGUCCAUUUCAUUACAGACACUCUGUCGAAGGGGGAAACAAAGUUCAUGGGUGUUUGCCAGCUUCCCAGCAAAAGUGAUGGAAAAGAAUAUCCACACAGAAGAAUUGACAUCAGGUUGAUCCCCAAAGAUCAGUAUUACUGUGGUGUUCUCUACUUUACCGGGAGUGACAUCUUUAAUAAGAAUAUGAGAGCUCACGCCCUAGAAAAGGGCUUCACAAUCAACGAAUACACCAUCCGCCCCUUGGGGGUUACUGGAGUUGCUGGGGAGCCCCUUCCAGUGGACAGCGAGCAGGACAUUUUUGAUUACAUCCAGUGGCGCUACCGGGAGCCCAAGGAUAGAAGUGAAUGAUGCCAGCCCCCCCCACACC